UCAUGGUCCAGGCGGUUGAAGGCCGUGUUGAGAAAGUGACUCCAGGACUUCAGCUUUCAUCGUUCUCGCCACUUGGCACUGGUCCUUGGUUACGAGUUUUAGAAGGCAGAACGAUGUUCUUGUCAGUAGCUUAUGUCCUGGUGACGUUGGUGGCGCUAAGUCACCAAGCAUCUGCGGUGAACAAUGGCUUGGGUCUGGUGCCGCCGAUGGGGUGGAACACUUGGUGCACGCAAGGACAUUGCGGCCUGGACGUGUGCAAUGACAUGGAGGUGAGAGCCAUCGCAGAUGCCAUGGUCGACAACGGACUGAAGGAUGUUGGCUUCCAGUACAUCAAUAUGGACGACUGCUGGGCAGACAAACGAGACGCCAAAGGCAACAUUUUAGCCGAUACCGAUCGUUUCCCAAACUUUGCCGACACCAUUCGCUAUGUCAACUCGAAAGGGCUCAAAUUUGGUCUGUACACUGACUCUGGGAUCUACACGUGUAGCACUGGUACACGUGACCACAAAAUACCUGGCAGUUAUGGUCACUAUGAACAGGAUGCGAAUACGUACGCGUCGUGGAACGUGGAAUACGUGAAGAUGGACUGGUGCAACACCAAAGUCAAUGGCACACAACUGGAUCCGCACAAGCAGUACUCGCAAAUGUCGGCAGCCCUCAACGCCACAGGCAAGCCAAUCUUCUUCAACUCGUGUGAAUGGGGCGUGGAUAAUCCAUGGGAAUGGAUGCAUGAGUAUGCAAACUCAUGGAGAUCUGGGCCAGACCAUCACGAUGACUGGAAAUCAACCAGUGGUAUCAUUGAGCACAAUAUCGGUUUGGGCAAGUAUGCUGGACCAGGUGGCUGGAAUGAUCUUGAUUUCCUCAUGACUGGCGGCCAGGGUUGCAGCUUUAAUCAGCCAGGCAAGCACUGUCCAGGCAUGACCGACACCGAGUACAAGACAGAGUUCAUCAUGUGGUGCAUUAUGGCCUCUCCGUUACUGGUUGCCACGGACAUCCGUAACAUGACUGACGUCAUGAAAGCUACGCUUCUCAACAAGGAGCUCAUUGCAGUUAAUCAGGAUAAGCUUGGGGUCGGCGGAGAUAAAGUGGGAGAUUGGCACUGCGGCAGUGGCGAGGACUCGUCCGAUAUCUGCCAGCUGUGGGCAAAGCCGCUUUCCAAUGGAACGUUCGCUAUUGCUCUGUACAACAAGGAUGAUGAUCAUGCGCACAACAUCACCUUUGAGUUCAACAUACUACCAGGCAUGAGCAGCAAGAAGGCCAACGUACGUGACCUGUACAAUCAUAAGGACAUGCCGUCACCGAUGGACCAGCUCACUGCUCACGUCCAGCCACAUGGUGCUGAGGUAUUCAAGCUGACGCCAGUGUCCGGGUUUGAAGAAGACUGACACUCUCUCUCAUGAAGAUCAUCAUCCGACUGAAGUCUGACCAGUAAUGAAGGUACUACUCUGGAGAAUGUUUGUUACAAACGAUUGCAAGGCGUGUGUAUACCUGACAAAUUUCUGCUACAUAUUUGACACUUUUUCCUUGGUAAUGUUAUGUGUUAGAUGGAGCUCGACACCCAUUUGGGGCUGCGUUCCCACACAACUCGACUCCUCGAAAACAAAAGUCAUGAUUCCGGCUAGCUACCAAUGUUCGUUCAUUCAGAUAUUCUGCCACUCGUAUCGGUGAGACGCUUUUGUCAUGUGGUUUGCACAGUACAGGUGGAAUCCUGAUAAUUCGAAUAUGGCUUAAUUCGAACAUACCGCUUAAUUAGAAGUUUUUCCAGGACCGAUUUCUAGCAAUACGGGUCCCACAUAAAAAGUUCUGAUAAUUCGAACCUCGAACUGGAUAUGUCCGGUUAAUUCAAAGUCCCACAGAUUCCACUUUAUUACACAUCGAAAAUGUGUGGGAUUUGUGCUGAUAAUUCGAAGCUAGCAAAGUAUAAUUCGAAGUUCACUGUACAUUGUACUGGUCAGUUCAGUUUGCAUGAGCAGGCUGUGCCGGUCAGUUCAGUAUCCGCGAAAUCUGUGUCUAUUCGUCCAUAGCGCAACUCUGCGUGACCGCGAGAGCAUUUUGACAUACAUAUUGUGUUGUGGGUUCAUGUUUGGAUAAUUAGAAUGUCCGGAUAAUUAGAAGUGUUUUCCUGGCUUCUUGAGGUUCGAAUUAUCAGGAUUCCACCUGUAGAACAAUAUCAGUCAAUAUUAUACAAGUAGUUACGAGAAUCACCGCAGGCUAAGUAUUACCACUCUAUUUCGUUAGACAGUUUGCAUUAUGUGCACAGUGGCCCUGUGAAUAAUCAUCAUUAUUCCCGUAGCUAUGCAGAAGACGUUACUUCAGUAACGUCUGGCGCUAGCCAGGGUCCACACA